GUCGCGACGACGGCGCUCUACAUCGCCGCCUUCUCCUACGGCAUCCGGAGAAUGGAGAAGCGGAACCCCUGGGACAUGAAGCGCGCGUUGGCGUGCUGGAACUUCUUCCUCGCCGCGUUCAGCGUCUGCGGCGCGCUGCGCACCGCGCCCAUCCUCCUGGGCAAUUUAAGGGCCUUCCCCUUCCGGCGGAGCCUCUGCCACGCGGCGGCCGACGACUGGGGCCGCGGCGCCGCGGGCCUCUGGGUCCAGCUCUUCAUCCUGUCGAAGUUCGCGGAGCUCGCGGACACGGCGUUCAUCGUGCUCCGGAAGAAGCGGCUCCUCUUCCUCCACUGGUACCACCACCUGACGGUGUUGCUCUACUGCUGGCACUCCUACGCGACGGAGGCGCCCCACGCGCUCUACUUCGUGGCCAUGAACUACGCGGUCCACUCGCUCAUGUACGCGUACUACGGCCUCAUGGCCGUCGACGCCAAGCCCGCGUGGUUCCUGCCGGAGGUCGUCACGGGCGCCCAGAUCUCGCAGAUGGUCGCGGGGGUCUUCGUGCAGUACUCCGCCGCGCGCGCGGACUGCGGCGUGAACCGCGCGAAUUUGUUGGCCGGGUCGCUCAUGUACGCGUCCUACCUCGGCCUCUUCGUCAAGUUCGCCGUGGACCGCUUCGUGCUCAAG